AGCGGCUGGCGCGGGGACUGGGCGGUGACGCGGCCCAGGGCGGAAGUGAGAAAGUUGUCGGCGUCCCGAGGCGAGUUGGCGGAGCUGUGCGUGCAGCGCGGCAAUGGGGGGCUCGAGCAGUCGCCUGUCCAAGGAGCUGCUGGCGGAGUAUCAGGACUUGACGUUCCUGACCAAGCAGGAGAUCCUGCUAGCCCACAGGAGGUUCUGUGAGCUGCUCCCCCAGGAGCAUCGCAGCAUGGAGGAGUCCCUGCAGGCACGAGUAUCCUUCGAGGAGAUCCUCAGCCUUCCAGAGCUCAAGGCCAACCCUUUUAAGGAUCGGAUCUGCAGGGUCUUUUCCACGUCCCCAGCCAGAGACAGCCUGAGCUUUGAGGACUUCCUGGACCUUCUCAGUGUCUUCAGUGACACAGCAACUCCAGACAUCAAGUCCCACUAUGCCUUCCGCAUCUUUGACUUCGAUGAUGAUGGGACCUUGAACAGAGAAGACCUGAGCCGGCUGGUGAACUGUCUCACGGGGGAGGGCGAGGACACUCGGCUGAGUGACUCCGAGAUGAAGCAGCUCAUUGACAACAUCCUGGAAGAGUCCGACAUUGAUAGAGAUGGGACCAUCAAUCUCUCCGAGUUCCAGCACGUCAUCUCCAGGUCACCAGACUUUGCCAGCUCCUUUAAGAUUGUCCUGUGACAGCAGUCCCAGUUUGUGUCCGGCACCACGUACAAGAACCCUCCCACUGCUGAGCUGAGGCCACCGUCAUGCCUGUGUCGCCAGGGUCAGCCAAGCUGGCCCAGCCUGGAGCUGGCACUGUGCGGUCUGGCCCUGGAUGGGAGAGGGCCCUGGACCGGGGAGGCCCUCCCCUUCUCACUGCCAUUGUCAUCUUUGUUGGUGUUUCUACUAAUUAAUAAUAAAGGUUUAAAAGUUUU